AUGACAAGCUCUCGCUCUCCCUUGAGCCCGCUGGAGCUCGAGGACGCGUUCAUCAAGGUCACAUUCGAGGAGGAUGCCAUGCCUCAGCUUGCUAGCGGGGCUGCUGAUCCUGCAUACGAGCCUUGGGUCGAUCAAGCUUCCAACAAGUUUGCCGAGCCCCCUGUAUUCAUGGCACGGCAGCUCCGCAAGCUGUACCCCAAGCACUCGGUCACUCUCGUCCAGGACCACUCCACCAACGUCCUGGGAUUCCCCGGCGCAAUGGUUCAGCCCACCUCUCCCGCGGACCUCAUCACCAACUGUAUCUUCAUUCCAGUCGCGAGGCAUAUGUCCUCUGUCCCAGGUGUUCUCGUGGAUCAAGUCCAAUUUGGCUCUUUCACCGUCGCCUGGGACAAACAUGAUUUCCUCGUGUAUGUGGUCAAGUACCCGUACGGGAUGGGCUACAUGAACCAGACAUUUGUCCUCCACGAGGGCCCGGAAGAGCCUUCGCGUGCGCUCUUGGUAGCAGCGGGCGGCUGGCAUUCGCAGCUGCAUCAAGAGAUUCUCGUCUUCAACGGUAACUACUGGGAGAAGAGCUACCCGCUGUGGGCAGAAGUUCAGAAAGCGAACUGGGCCGACGUCAUCCUCAAGGAGGAGUUCAAGACAGCGAUGCAGAAAGAUAUACGAGGCUUCUUUGAUUCCGAGAAGCUAUACAAAUCGCUUGGGAUUGCAUGGAAGCGGGGCUUGAUCAUGUACGGCCCACCUGGGAAUGGGAAGACCAUAAGCAUGAAGGCUGUCAUGAAGGAGUGCGAUGACAAGGGAUACGCUCCUCUCUAUGUGAAGACGUUCACAGGAUGGCUCGGAGACGAAGUGGCCAUGCAAGCGACGUUCAACAUGGCUCGGCAGAUGGCUCCUUGCGUCCUCAUUCUUGAGGACCUCGACUCCCUCAUCACCGACCGCAACCGCUCAUUUUUCCUGAACCAGCUGGACGGCAUUGAGAGCAAUGAUGGUAUCCUCAUCAUUGGUUCGACCAAUCACUUUGAUCGCCUGGAUCCUGCUUUGAACAAUCGGCCGAGCCGCUUCGACCGGAAAUACCUUUUCGACGACCCCAAUGAGGAUGAACGCGCGCUGUAUGCGAUGUACUGGCAGAACAAGCUCAAGAACAACAACUCCAUCGAUUUCCCUGACAGCCUUGUCAAAGAAGUGGCCAGCCAAACUGAAGGAUUCAGCUUUGCGUACCUGAAGGAAGCAUUUGUCGCGACGCUCGUCCUCAUGGCAGGUCAGGAUGGCGAUGAUAAACCGGACUUUGCUGCGCUCCUCAAGGCACAGAUCAAGGUGCUCCGAGAGCAGCUCGACAAGGACAAGGACGCCCGGGGUCACGCUCGUACCUCCGUUGCUUCCACGCAACCCCCGAGCCCUAGCGCCCAGUUCGGUCGCCGUCCCCCGCACUCGUCAUCGCUCUUCAAGGUGGACGAGCGCAUGCUCGGCAUGCCUCGCAUCUGGGACACGAGCUCCGGUUCCGUCGGCGGUAUGCCGGGUGGCCUGCCCGGUGCAAGCGGACCAUCAAGCCCUGAGACCGGUCUGGGCGCUCGGAGGGAACUACGCUCGAUGGCGUACUCGUUUGGCCGGUCGUUCAUGCCGUGA